GCUCAGGCUUGCCUCCAAGCGCCAGGGCGGUCCAGAGCUGCCAGCUGUGCGUGUCUUUAUGGGCUUCGGGAGAGGGGCCCAGAAGCUUGCACUGGCCUUUGCUUCAUAACAUCGCUGAGAGACUUCCUUUGAAUCAGCUGCAUUCUGGAGCCUUAGUUCUCCUCUGGAUGCAGUACGCGAGCUAUAGGACAGACACGGCAGGAGAGCAAUGCAACAAGCGAUCUAUAACGCGCUUACGCACCUAGGCUGGCCAGAGGUCUCUGCGUUUGAGACAGUUGAUUGAAUGCGUCUGAGUUGAGGCAGGUAGUCCGAGCGGGGAGUUACUUCUUGUUAAAAGAGGGUUGCAAAGCAUGCGGAUUGACCGCAGCGCAAGAUUGAUCAACACAUGGUAGCACUACAGAGCGGUCGAGAUCUGCCGUAACGCGCAUUGCAGGGACUACUUUAGCUACCGGGUUGUCAGAAGCGGAACGACUGCACUGUUGCCAAACCAGCUAGGAUCAGUUUUUUGGUAACAUGCUACGCUCAUAACGCCUGAUCUCAACAUUUGACAGCGCUGCCAGCUAGAAAUCUGAGUCUCUUACUGAGUCCAUUGUGAACAUGGCGGCCACGCAGGCCACUCCCCCUGCAACUGUCAUUGACAUGCAAAGAGAACCAUCAGCCGUAAGCACCGGCCCAACCACCGCCACCCCAGCCGCUUAUACAGCACCCCGGGCCUCUUAUGACGCGCCCGCCAGCUCUUAUGUGACACCUGUCGCGCCCAGCUUGGCGCCAGUGCACGAGGGCUGCUUCGGCGGUUGCGGCCCCGAGUGGAAAAAGCAGUGGUCUUGGAAAGCGUUCAGACUGUCAAACGAGCCAAAGUCACUCUUUGUCGAGCCCCGACAAUACUUCUGGCUGUGCGGGUUUAACAUGCAUCCCUGGCAGCAGUGGACGUUCUUGUUCUACCGCUUCUGUCUGCUCUUCUACUGGGGGGGCUGGAUCAUCGCGGAUGCAACAAGUGGGAGCGGGCCCAAGUGGUUCGUGUACCUGACGCACUGGAACGUCCUGCUGUGCAGCAUCUACUUCCUGGUUGUCUUUGUCAUGACCCUCCAAUACACUCUUCUCCACUGGCGCGGCGACCAAAAAGGCGCCGACAGCUACACCGAGGAGAUGCGCAAAGCGGAUGCCUUUCGCGCUCGGCGAGGAGUGGAGGCGCCCCCAUCAACGAGCGGCCUCGCGCGAGCGGCGCUCCGUUUCCACACGCACGAUUACCACUUCAACUGGGCAUAUAAGCUGACGUGGCUGCUCCAUAACCUAUGCGCCGACGCCUCCCUCUUGAUUGUUGUAGUGUACUGGACUGCGAUCUCUUCCAACCCAGGCGGGGCAAACUUUGCGGGAGGAGGCCUGGGGCAGACGGGAAGCCAGUAUUCCCCCACAAACGUCAACGUGCAUGGCGUCAUUCUCGGCCUGAUGCUUCUGGAGAUUGCCAUCUCAGCGAUACCCUAUCGGCUCGCGCACGUCGUAUACACCUUUAUUUAUGGCUGCUGCUACGCGGCGUUCACGCUCAUUUAUUGGGGGGCUGGAGGCACCCGCCCCGACGGAGAGCGGUUCAUCUAUAAGCCGCUUGAUUACAGCGGGCUAGGAGCUAUCACGGUGGCCGUAUUGGCGGUGAUGCUCUUGGUGAUCAUCCCUCUCGCCCACCUCUUCAUCUGGUUAUGGCACCUCCUCUGGACAUGGUUUACCGGCGCGCUUGCGACAGGAGACCGAGUGGGCAGCCUUAACCCCGACUGUUUGCGUAACCAACCUAUCCGCGGAACGGAACUUGGUACUUUGUCCCGGAAGCGGAACCCCGCUCCGAGUCCAUCAGUUGAGACCUCGGCUGUGUAAGAUGAGCAGAGUUAGGGUCAAACUAUGUUGCGCGCCCCAUGCGAACAGCGUGUUUGGCAAGGAAAGAGACAGAGACCCCGGUAGAUAGAAGACUAUUCGUGAGAGCAUGUCUGUAGGUGCAGGAGAAAAGCGAUGUUGAACCGCUCUCUGUUGCAUGCGGUUUUAGCGCGCACGCUCAAAAAGGAAGUAGGGUGCACGCUUGGCGUUCAAUCCGCACGCUUAUAAGGAUGUCACUGACAGUCGCACGUUCCUGUUGUUUUUCCUGGCCGUUGUAUAACGCGUCCACUGGACUAGCAGAAUGUAGAGGCGUAAUCAGGACUUGAUUCGUGUUUGUUCUCAGUACUUAUAUCACGAUCAGUGAAAUAUAUACACAUCAGAAGUAGUUAGCCAGCCUGAGCGAGAGACUCUGAUUACACCCCGUCUCAAAAUCCCCUGCUCGAUAAUCUUCGAAGGAAUCCCUGGGCGCUCGCAAUCCAUAUGUUACUGUCAUGCUCCCAAUACUGCAAAAUAUCGAUUGCGAACCGC